AUGGCGAAACUCACGGACACCUCCAUGCAGCUCGUUCUCCUAUCCCUCGUCUGCCUUUUGCUGCUCUCCCUCGCAUCCGCCGGUCCACCUAAGCGCGGAGUCGCGCGCACGCGCCAGGCGCACGAGGAGUACCGCCGUCAGCGCCAGCUGAACGACAUCGAAGAGCGCCCUGGGCGCCCGCCUCUCCACAUGUUCGAAACGAAGGCGCAUCACGAGAAGGAAGAGCGCGAAAAGGGCGAAUCCGGGAGCGACACUUCAAGCGCUCCGAUCAAAUACCUAGGCGGGCCCGUGAUGACCGGAAACCCGUCCGUCAACGUGUACAUCAUCUACUACGGCAGCUGGCCGGAAGGUUCGGGGCAGAAAGUGAUCGAGAAUUUCAUCAAGUCGCUGAGCAAGGACUCGAAGCGGCAGGGGGAUCCUGCAGAGCCCAAGGUGAAGCGCUGGUGGGCGAUCAGCACGGCGUACACGCAACAGGUGGAUGGCGCGCCGACGAACGUCAGCACGAAGGUGCGCCUCGCGGGGACCGUCUACGACAACUACUCAGCGGGAAAGAGUUUUGCCGACGGCACAGUCUGGAACGUGGUUUCGAGCAACAUUGGCGAUGGGAAGGCGUUUGCGUACGACGCGAGUGGUAUUUAUUUACUCCUUUCUAGCGAGGAUGUUACCGUCCCCGGUUACUGUAGCGAUUAUUGCGGAUGGCACACCAUGGACUAUAUCGGAGAAAACCCGGUUGUGUAUUCGUUCGUGGGGCAUCAUGGGCAGUGCCCCGACGGUUGCGGGGCGCAGAGCACGUCGCCCAACGGGAACCCUGCGAUCGACGCGACGGUUUCUACCAUCGCUCAUGAAAUUGCGGAAGCAGCAACCGACCCGGAUGCUGCGAACGGGUGGAUGGACGAUAGCGGCGAAGAGAAUGCGGACAAGUGCUCGUACGACGUUGGUACGACGAAACCGGGUCAGAAUGACCGCGGGGAAACGUUUGAGUACAAUCUGGUUGGAAUGAAGAACAUGAAGUUUCUGGUGCAGCGGAACUGGGAUCGGGUGAAGAACGAGUGCGCGGCGCAAAGGAAGUUCCACGACUGA